AUGGACAGCACCUACCAAGGCUACUCGAGCCAGGCUACGAAUCUUUGGCUCCUAGCCUGCUUAUUAUACAUAUGGAUCUUUCUUGUUUCUGUUCCACUUUCGUUAUUCCUCACGCAGUACAGUUCAUCCAUCGCUCAGUUGUGGUUUGUCAAAUUCCUUGAAAAGUACGUAGUGCGAGGGUGGAUCAUUAUAUGGUUCACGUUGCUAUACAUAGUCAACCUUGCAACGGACAACCGGAAGUUGUCGUUUGACAUCAAAAACCCCAAAACUUUACGAUGCGUCAAAAUAUACAUUGCAAACUUUGUUUGGCUCACGAUCCUCUUGGAAUGGUGUUUGGGACCUCCGUUGUUUGAAAGAGUUAGUGUUUGGAGUGGAGCUCAUUGCACAGUGCCGCAAGUCUCGGGUGAAUACGCAUGCCAGCGCGCUGGGGGCAACUGGAUCAACCCGUUUGACUCCUCCAGCCAUUACACCAUGUUGCUUUCAUGCAGCUUGCUUGUUUGGGACCUAGUAAUCCCAUAUUUGCCCAGCUAUGCAAUCUAUAGAAAAUUUGGUACCAUGUUGGAAACAAGAGAAAACUCCGCAGCAGCAGCAGCAGCAGCAGUAGAGCCAGAUCUCGAGAUGAAUGGAUGGGCAGAGACGAAUGAUAGCAAAAUAAGCGAUUACAAGAAAAUCGUGGUUCUUGUAUCGUUGAUUUUCAUCUCCUUGUGGUUGAUUCUGUAUUGUACAACCUCGUUGUUUUUCCAUACCAUUCCGGAAAAACUAGUGGGUUUGAUCUGCGGUUUAUUCAUACCGCUCCUAUCCCAUACAAUACCUCUACGAAGCUGA